AUGUGGAGGAACCACCAAAGACUAGUUUCAAAUUAUAGGUUUUUUGGCAGUUUCUUGGGGCCCCGUCGUACACCAUUUCUAUCCUCGUUCCAUACCGUAGGUUAUCAACAAAACUUACUAUCAAGUUACGCACCAAAACACAAUCCAGAGAGGAAAAGCAUGCAAAAUAAACCAAUACCAGAGGAUCUUAUAGAGAUCAUUGAUGAUUCUUUGGAAGAAAUUGGGAAUCCCAGUUAUGACGCCUGGGAUACGAGUGGUGAUGAUGACAUUUUGAUGCAUGUUGCUGACCUUGAGAAACUCAACCCUAGGUUUUCCAUUCAGCAAGACAACUGGAAAAAACAACAUCAACACCCCAAUCUACCCGCCAUGGAAUUUGCCAAGAAACCUUUGAAAGAGGAAAAGAACUUAAAUAGCAACAACGAAUCUGAUAGAAAACUAACAGCUAAGGUACCUAAACUAGAAAGACUAGACACUAUAGAUGAUUUAGCUGAACAUGAAAAUAAGCUGAAGACCGAACAGAAGCAUGAAAAUAUUACAUACCAGGAUAAAGAACGGUCUCGUCCUUCUGAUGAUCACCCAAAGCUACAACUUUCUCACAAUCGCCAGAUAACGUUCUUAACUCAACAAAUGUCAAUGAACGAAUAUACAUCAAACGAUUCAAGAGAAUCGAGUGUAACUCCUGAUUCUGGGAGGAAGAGAGUUCGCGCUAUUACAUUAUCUGAAGAACAGGAACAUGUCAUUGAGCUUGCUAGACGAAAAAUGAACAUAUUCUACACUGGUAGUGCUGGUACUGGUAAAUCUGUGUUAUUGAAGGAGCUAAUCAAAACGUUGAAAAGUAUGUACGGAAAUACAGGUGCAGUAGCUGUUACUGCUUCAACAGGGCUUGCCGCAUGUAAUAUCGGAGGUAUUACCUUGCACUCAUUCGCAGGCAUUGGACUUGGAAUAGGUGAUGAAGCAAUGCUACUAAAGAAAGUCAGACGAUCUGCAAAACACAGAGAACGUUGGAAAUCUAUCAAAGCCUUAGUUAUUGAUGAGAUAUCAAUGAUCGAUGGAAAUCUUCUCGAUAAACUAGACGGUAUUGCCAAAACAAUCAGAAGAUCUAAAAAGCCUUUUGGUGGUAUUCAAAUAAUCUUAUGUGGUGACUUUUUCCAAUUACCACCCGUCACUAAAUCUAACCAACAACUUAAAUUUGCAUUUCAAUCGUAUGCCUGGAGAACAGCUAUCGAUGCAACUAUCAUUCUUCGUAAAGUUUUCAGACAACAAGGUGAUCACCGAUUCAUCGAAAUGUUGAACGAAAUGAGAACCGGUGUUAUUUCUAAUCAGACAUUAGAGGAGUUCAGACAAUUAUCAAGACCCUUGCCAAAUGAUGAUAUUGUGCCAGCUGAAUUAUUCAGUACAAGAUCGGAAGUGGAUGGCGCUAAUUAUUCAAGAUUAAGAACCCUUCCUGGGGAGACCAUGACAUACGACGCUUCAGAUGGCGGUGUUCUUGAAAAUGAGGACUUAAGAAAGAAAUUACUAGAGAAUUUCCUUGCACCAAAGAAGCUAGAGCUUAAGAUUGGGGCCCAAGUGAUGAAUAUUAAAAAUAUCGAUGCGACACUUGUAAACGGGAGUUUAGGGAAAGUUUUAGCAUUCUUAGACUCCGAUACCUUUGCCUUCUUAAAGGGUCCAUUCAAAUCUAACAAAAUACUGAGUGAUGAGGAUGUAGAUCAACUGAGUGAAAAUCCUCAACUAGAGGAUUAUUGGAGUGAAGAAGAGGAUACCACUGCCAAACAGUCAAAGCAAAGAAAAAAGGAAGUCGAACUCGAAAAAUCUUUUAUGCAACAGCAAAAAGAACGGAUUCAAAUUGAGUCUCCUCUAAGUGACACAGUUUUUGACUUCUUCAUGACGGACAGUAGCAACCUAAGUGAAAGGCUAAAAAAGAAUGUUGAACGAAAAAAGCAAAUUGUACGAAAUCUUCAUAAAAGCGCCAGAGGCGCCAAGUUGCCAUUGGUUCAAUUCUUUACACCUUCUGGUGACGCCAGAGUUGUUCUUAUCAGACCUGAAACCUGGGCAAUGGAGGAUGAAAAAGACGUUCCUUUAGUCUCUAGAACACAGCUGCCAUUAAUUUUAGCCUGGUCACUUUCAAUUCAUAAAUCACAAGGUCAAACCCUUUCUAAAGUAAAAGUGGAUUUAAAAAGGGUAUUUGAAAAAGGCCAAGCGUACGUUGCACUUUCGAGAGCGGUCUCAAGAAGUGGGUUACAGGUUUUGAAUUUUGACCGGACUAAAGUCAAAGCCCAUGAUGUUGUCGUUGAAUUCUAUCAAAGUCUUUCCAGUGCUAGUUCUGUGAUGAAAGAACUGAACGAAAAGAAAGUUCUUUGCGAAAAGGACACGAAUGACACAAAAGCUCCGUCGAAAACAAAUCAAACAGAGCCUCGUCCUCAAAAGAGGAAUUUGGAAACAAUGCUAAUGAAUAGAAUGACGAAAAUCAAAAGAAAGAAAUCGGAUGAAAUACCAGGUAAAACGAUAGUCGAUCUGGCAUAUGAAAGUGUCAGCGAGAACCGUUUAUCACAAGAGAAUUAA